AUGAGAGAAUAUGAAAUAUUUAAGACCUUCAAAGUUUCCAAAAGUUGUGAUUUACAAUUAAAAUCGGUUUCUGAAAAUAACCGUCAGCCAGCUCUAACUGCCUUAAAGAAUCGACCAAAAAGUUGUAAGGCGUCAUUGCUUCCAAGUGCCAGACAACUCGAGAUGCCAAAUCACCGCAUCGUAUUUCGCUUAUCGCUUCCAUUUCUUCUAAAUCAGGUAGAAUUGAAAGAGAAGAAGAAAAGGAACUCUGAAAUGGAGUCUCAAGCGUCUUUGAUGGAGGUUGAAGGAGGCAAUUUAGGUUGCUCACAUUACAGGAGGAAAUGCAAGAUCAAGGCACCAUGUUGUGAUGAAAUUUUCAAUUGUCGCCAUUGCCAUAACGAAUCCAAGAAUUCCAUUGACAUAGAUCCAGUUUUUCGCCAUGAUCUUCCUCGACAUGAAGUUAAGAAGGUUAUAUGUUCUCUAUGCGAAACCGAACAAGAUGUUCAACAAAAUUGCAUCAAUUGUGGAGUAUGCAUGGGGAAAUACUUCUGUGAGAAAUGUAAAUUCUUCGAUGAUGACGUUUCCAAGAAUCAAUACCAUUGUGAUCAAUGUGGCAUAUGUAGAACAGGUGGACAGGAGAAUUUCUUUCACUGUGACAAAUGUGGAUGUUGUUAUUCAAAAGUGAUAAAAGACACACACGUGUGUGUAGAAAGGGCAAUGCAUCACGAUUGUCCGAUUUGCUCUGAGUUCUUGUUUGACACAUUAAAGGAUCUUACAAUUUUACAAUGUGGGCAUACAAUGCAUUUGGAUUGCUUAAAAGAAAUGGAACAACAUCAUCGGUAUUCUUGCCCUGUUUGCUCAAAAUCUGUAUGUGAUUUAUCAGAUGUUUGGAGAAAGCUUGAUCAUGAGGUUGAAGUGACACCUAUGCCCCAGUCGUAUAGAAACAAAAUGGUGUGGAUAUUAUGCAAUGAUUGUGAGAAGAUAUCAAGAGUGCAAUUUCACAUAGUGGGGCAUAAAUGUGAAAAGUGUAAUUGUUACAAUACAAGACAAAUAAGAGGAGCUCCUUCAUCUGAAUGCACACCUUCGGCUUCUGAGGAGGAUUGUAAUUAAGUCAAAUAUACGUGCUUUAAAAGAUGUUAUAUAAUAAAAUGUUACAAAGAGUUUUUUUUUUAGCAAAAAAAGGCAAUCAUGUGUAAGAAGUACAAAAUAAUUAGGAUGGUUUAUUCGCUUGUCACCCCCCACAUAGUACAAGUUGC